AUGAUGAAGAAAACUGAAUAAGAUCAUGAUGAAUAUAAAAGACCGCCAAACCUAUUGAAAGCCAAAAAACAUGGUAUUGCUAAAAGAUUUGCAGCUCCAAUGCCUUUUACUGAUUUUGAUAAAGGAAGUGUCUGUCCAUGUUGUGGAUAUCCAUACAAAAACUAAAUCCUUCCAAUAUGUGUUUCUAUAUCAGAAUUCAGUUUCAUAGGAUCAGGAAUAGUUCUGUACUUUGAUUUUGUGAUUUACUCACAAAUAAUUUUACUCAUCUACAUGUUAGUGUAAUAAAUUAUAUAGAUCAAUAGUAGGAGUGUAUACCUUUUAUGAUAAUAGUUAAGGAUUCAGAUGCUAGAUUGAGAAUAGAGAAACACAUUCUGGAUGUGAAGAAGAUAUUUACAAUAAGUUUUCAAGAUCUAAUGUAUAUAAGUAAUGAGCAUCUAAUUAAUUAAGAGAGUUAGAUGUGGUAGCUAGUUACUUAAAUUUUGCAACUUUGAUUAUGUUGAUGAUCUCUACUUUGAUCUAUCGAAGACAUAUUAAUAAAAUUUGUUUAGAAAUUGAUGAUGCAGAAAUAGAAGCAUCUGAUUAUUCUAUUAUGAUUUACAAUGCUCCAAAAAAUUGUAAAAAAGAAGAUAUUAGAUCUUACUUUUUGUAAGAGGAAGGUAUGGAAGAAUUGGAAUUGAGAAAGAUUUGUAUGGCUUAUGAAGUGAAGCCAUUUUUAUAAUUAAAAAUAGAAUUAGAGGAACAAUAAGCAGAAUUAUCACAUGUUUUGGAUCUGGAAAGAUAAAAAAAGAAGUCUUCUAAAUCAAAAACAGAAAUUCUAUUGAAAAUUAAAGAAAUACAUGAAAAAUUAGAUUAUGUUGAUAAAUAUAAGGAUGUUAUUUUCAGAUUUACAGGUGUUAUCUUUUUAUCAUUCAAUUAUGAAAAACAUGCUGAUAUAGUUUGUGAUUAAUUUAAAUAGACUAAAUUCUAAUUAUUAUUAGAACAACUUAAUAUAAAGAAAUAUUAAAAUAGAAAGUUUCUUGGAAAUUCAAUAAUAGUUAGAAAAGCACCUUUACCUGGUGAUGUAUUAUGGGAAAAUUUAGGUAUAGAAAUAAAAGAAUAAUAUAAAAGAAUAGUGACUACAAAUGUUGUAACAGCAACUCUAUUAGCUAUAGGGUUAGCCAUGAUAUUUGGAUUAUCUUAUAUGUAAGAAUACAUAAAUGCAUAAGUUGAUUAUGAUCCUACAACAACUGCUGUAAUUAUCAAUUUUCUAGGUUUUUUAGCCUCACUCAUUAUUUCCUUUAUAAAUAGUAUUUUAUCAUCUACAAUUAUCAAAUUAAUUAUAAGAGAAUAGCAUUCUACUAAAACUGAAUAUGAUAUAAGUAUAGCUAAGAAGAUAGGUUUGGCUGAGUUUAUUAAUGUAGCAAUAUUAACUCUUUUAGUUAAUAUCUUAAUUAAAGGUCAAAAUGAAACAACUCUAAAUACAAUGUAUCAAAAAGGAGGUCUGAAUUCAGAUGUGAUGUGGAUAUUUAUGACAGAUUCAUUUAUGCCUUGGUUCAUGUUUAUUGUUGAUUUUGAACAUCUAAAGAAGUUAUUUAUACGUCGACAGAUCAAAUAAUUGGGAUCAAAUUGUAAAUUAACACAAAAAUAAGCUAAUGAGUACAUUCAUCCUCUUAAACAAGAGCAUUUGAGGGUCCAAUGAUUAAUUUGGCAGAAAAGUAUCCAGCAAUAGCAAAGACUUUAUUGAUGGCUCUUUUCUAUGCUCCAUUAUUACCAGCAUGUUCUUUUUUUGCACUUGUGAGUAUCAUGGGAAUUUAUUGGAUUGAAAAGAUCUUAUUAUUAAGAAGAGAUUCAAAACCCUUACCUACAGGUAGUGAUAUGGCUUAAGCUAUGGUUGAAUUCUAUAUAGAUCUUUUGAUACUGAUUUACAGUGUAAUAAUUGAUUAUUAUAUAUUCAGUUAGGCAAUUGCAUAUGGGAAUAUACAAUAUUUAAGACUAUGCAUUGGUCAACAUGGAUUUCUUUCAUUAUUUGUUCCAUUUUUUAUUUGCUUCCAAAAGAAAGAGUCUUAGAAUUUAUUUUAAAGAUAGGAAUAGAUAAUGCUACUGAAGAUUCAUAUGAUGCCAAGAGUCCUACAUUCUUGGAUGAUUAUGAUAGAAGAAAUCCAGUUACUGCAGAAGAAGCAAAAAAAAUUUGGAUAGAAAAUUAAUAAUAACAAAAUUCUGAUAUGUAUCAAAUUAAUCAAAUGUAUUAUUAAUAUAUAUUUUAGUAUGUCUGCAAAGUAACUUGACAUUUCUAUCUAUCGUUAUCAUUAUAAUAUAAUGCAAUAAUAAUCUAGAUAGUAGAUUUUGAUGACUAAUCAUAAGUCAUUUUCAAAGGUUCAUCCAGAAUUCAAAACAGAAAAUAAUUAUAAUAUGAAAAAGCUAUAAUAUUGAUUAAAUUAAUGAAUACUAUAUUAUUUAAAAGAAAAUUAUGUACUUUAUAUGAGAUCAUCAGAGAAUAGAAAUAAUAGACAUACUUAAAUCCUGACUUUGUUUGGCUCAUGUACACAGGAAUAAGAUUUAGUCUCAUAUUGAGAUUUGAUCAAUUUAAUGAGAAGAAGUAUUAAGUAUUUAAUACAAAUUAAAUUUAGGACCAAGAAUUGAUCCUUGUUAAAAAUUUUAUUAAUUGGUUUCAUUUAUUAACCCCAAUAAGUUAAAUUUAACAAUCAACUAUUAAAAGUGUAAUUGUUAUUAUUAUAGCGGUUUUUCAUAUACUUUCUAUCUUGAUAAUAGUAUUUGAGAUUAAAUAAUGGAAUUUCUUGAAACACUACCAAAAUAUAUAUUACACUUAUUUUCAAAUUUUGAUACUUUAUCCUUCAUUCAUAUAUAUCUAUUAAAUUUAAAACUAGAAUCCUAAGAAUAUUUUAGUUUGGUGUUGUACAAUACCGAUAUUUAUAAAUUAUAUGAUAUUUUCAUAUUUUUAACGAAAUUACUUAUUACCAAUAUAAAAUCCAUUUACAAAAAGAUAUAGAAUACAAAAUUAUUUACAGAAUUUUAUUGAAAUUGUCAUUUUAAUGAGCAUACCAUAUUUUGAAGAAAUUGUUUAAACAAUGAUAAUGAUGCUCUUAUUUUUAAUGUAAUUGAUAGAUUCUAUAUUUAACUAACCUUAUUCAAUGUAAAUAAAUUUGAAUUAUUGUUUCUGUUCUUCUAUUUUACUAUUUGGUUCAGUUAUUAAAUGUUUAUCCAUCAAUAUGAAUUAGAAAGAAUAUCUAUUUUAUAGUUUUAUGCUUGUCCCUCUUUUAAGUUUAUUAAUGAAAAGAGUUUUGAUCCUCACAUACUCUAUAAAUUUAGAAUAAAAUUAACUUUCGAAAAGUUUAUUAUUUCAAAUUGCAGAUGAAUUCUAUUCUAACAAUCCCAUAGCAUAAAGUAAGAUAUUAUUUAUACUUAAAAAUAAAUAUAAAAUAUUGCCAAAUAAGUAGAUAAUAGAAUCAUAACAAAAUUAUUAUAUAUUAAUGCUAAUAUUAAGAUUAUAUGACUCUUAUUCUUAAUAAAAGAAAUUUAGAGAAGAGGAAUUACAAUUAUAUAAAAUAUUUUUCAUAUUUUAGACACAAGAAAAAUUGAAUUUGGCUUAUAUCCAACUAAAAUAACAUUAAAUUUAAUCAUCUUAUUAAUCUUUAUAUUUUUAAAUAAUAAAAAUAUAUUGUUCAAAAUUAAUAACACAUAAGAUAAAUUAAGAUUUAAAAUCUAUUUAAGGAAGAUUAGAUAUAUAAUAAAUUAAAUAAAGUCAUUUAUUAAUUGAGACAUGUAUACCUUUAAUAAUAUAAAUUCUUGAUUUAAAAAAUAAAUUUUUAGAAUCAUUAUCAAUUGGAUAUGAUAGAAUAGAGUAAUUAGCUUAGUAAUGUAUAGGUUUAAGUGACAAGAUAUAAGAAUUAAAAAAUCUUGUAUUUACAGAUAUGGAAAUAGAUAUACUUAUGAUUUCAAAGUAAAUAAUAAAAUUAAAUAUUCUUGAUUUACGCUUAUUAUCUUUACUUUUUGGACCUGUAUUAAAUGAUUAUCAUAUAACAUUUCAAAUUGAAUAAAGGAUAGAUGAUUUACUUAAUUUAGAACGUAAUGUAUUAUCUAGAAAUAUUCAGAAUACUUCUUUAUUGAAUGAUGAUGUUAUAAUUAUUUAGAUAAGCAUGAUGAAAAAUCAUGGAUAGAUUUUAAAUAAAGACAAGAGUAAAAUUUUAAAAUAUUUUAAAUUUCCAAAUGAUGAAUCCUUUAAAUCAAUAUCUUAAUUAAAUUAAUUAAUACCAGAAUAUCUUGUAAUUAAACAUGAUAAAUUCUUAAAUUAAUUUCUUAAUACAGGAGAGUCAAUGUUAUUUAAUACUAGUCAUGAUGUAUUUCCAUCAUAUUAUUCUGGUUUUUCAUUUCUUGUUACAUUAUAAUUAAUACCCUCAUAUGAUGAAAUGGAUGAUUAUGUCUUAUCAGCAAUACUUAAGAAGAGUUAUGAACAUAAUGAUUUUAUAAUAUUUGAUGCAUCUGGAAAAAUAUUGGGAUUUUCAGAAUAAGUCCUUUAAUUGUUAAUUUAAAAUGAUUCUGAUUUUAAUAAAAAUAUAUUAAAUUCUUAUAUCUAUUUUUGGUUCAAAGAUUUACUUAUAAUUAUAAAUUAACAAAUGGAAUCUAUAUUGGAUUAUACAUAAUAAUUUACUUUAUUUACUUAAACAGCAUAAAUUCAACCAAUUACAAAUUUAUAAGAAUUAAUAUCAUUUCAUGAUUCAUAUUAAAAAUAACAUUUCUUUAUAGAAAAUAAUUAAUAAUUUGAAUAAACAUAAUCAAUUAAGCCAUCAUGUUAUGAGAUUGAUUAUGUUAUUUAGAUGUUUGAUUUCAUAAAUGAAAAUAUCUUAUAAUAUACUUAAAAUUAAAUUGGAUUUUAAGUGACAUUUAAUUUAUAAUUCUAAAAAAUGUAAGGAUAUCAUCCUCUUUUUAUUUUAUAAAUUACUGAAUAUUUUGAAAAAUAAUUAAAAUUUAUUAAUCCAAAAAGCAUUGGAACAAUAAGUCCAUAUAGUUCAAUUAGUAAAAUAAGAUCACAUUAAAAAUAAAGUAAUAUUAGUUCUUUAAGUGAUGAUGACAUGGAUGAAUUACAUCAAGAAUUAAUUAUCAAUUAAACAAUAAUCAAUAAAUUAUUANGA